AAUAGAAAUCUGUUGUACUUUACCGGUACUGUAACACGGGUUUAAAGGUAGUUAUUGGUGCGCGUGUUGCGGAGUAAGACGGUAGUGAACUGUAUGUGAGUGGUGUUACGAGUGAAGUGUUGCACUAUGUCUGUCAAAAGCGUCAGUGCUCUUCAUUUCGCUGCAGCUAGUGGUGAGUUGGAGAAGCUUGUGCAUUUGAUUCGAAAAGGUGGAAAUAUUGAUGUCGAAGACGAUUGUAAGGUAAGGCCGCUACACGUCGCGGUUUUCUGGGGCCAUGUUCAUAUUGUUAAAGAACUUGUCAAAUAUGGAUGCGAUGUAAACGCUGGAUCUAUAGGUGUGACAUACCAUUCUCAGAUAGAAUCUAAUGUGACACCUUUGCACAUCGCUGCCGAGACAAAUCAUCUCGUAAUCAUAUGCGCACUGAUUGAUGCGGGAGCUAAAGUUAAUAGUGCGACAUCUCUAGGUGCCACACCGCUUCACGUAGCUGCUGCCGAAGGCGGAGCGAGUGUAGUCAGUAGACUUAUAAGAGCUGGCGCAGAUAUAGAUGCCUGUGACGCACAGAAAAUGACGCCCCUGUUCCUUGCUAUAAAAUCUGAUCAGACAGACAGUGCAUUGUUGUUGCUCCAGUCAGGAGCGCAGUUCGACGUUGCGGGUCCAAACUGUUUAACGCCACUGCACCUGGCUUGCAGACGUGGGAAUGUUGUAGUAGUGACGAAUCUGCUAGAUAGAGGAGCGAAAAUUAAUGCAAAGUCUUUCACAGGCCAAACGCCACUGCAUGUGUCGGUUAUCAGGAAACAUUUCCUAGUGACACACAUCUUGGUAAAACGCGGCGCAGACGUUAACAUCAAGACUAACGACGGUUACAGUGCACUACAUGUGGCAAUAAAAUGCGACCGAUCGAUCAAUGUGAUUAAACAGCUUAUUAAGGAUGGGGCGGAUGUGAAUGAGAGAGCGACAGACGGAAGUAGUCCCAUGCAUUCCGCAGUCGAAAACCGCUCUCCAGAUAUAGUUCGAGCUCUGCUUCAGGGCAAGCCUGAUGUUAAUGUGUGUGACAAAAACGGGAGAACGCCUCUGCAUACGGCUGCUGUAAACGGUGAUUUGGAGAUAGUGCAGUUACUGGUCACUCACGGAGCACUCGUUAACUGCACCGAUGCUAGGAACAGCACCCCACUUCAUUUUGCCGCUGCCUGUGGACAUGUUGCCGUUGUUGAGUUCCUCACGAAGAAAGGGGCAAACGUAAAUGCUGCUGACGAAGCCAAGUGGACACCUAUACAUUUCGUCGCCGAAACUGGCGUUCCGCUGACCGACUCCGAAGAUAACGACAUACAUUCCAGAGUGGACGUAAUGAAAUCUCUUGUUGCCAGCGGAGCUCUAGUAAAUGCUCGAAAUGAAAAGGAUGAGUUGCCAGUACAUAUAGCGGUCAAGUCAGGCAAUGUUACCAUUACAAAACGUCUGCUUGACAGUGGAGCUUACAUAGACGUCAACAUUCCAUUCGGAUCCGGUAAGAGCCUAUCGCUUAAAGAUUAUACCAUCAUGCGGCUCAACUUGCCUCUCAUCGUUGUCUUAAACGUAACGGAGAAAUUAUUUCCUGCUAUCAAAGCAGGGAGUGUUGACCGUGUGAAAAGCUGUGUGGACAAUGGGGCAGUCCUAAACUGUAGAAGUGUCAAGUUUGGAACACCACUUAUCCACGCUAUCUGUGAAGGACACAUUCGCAUCGUCAAUUUUCUUCUUGAUAAUGGAGCUGCUGUAAAUAUGAUUCAUGGAAAAACUCUGUUGGCACCGUUGCAUUACGCAGCGAAAUUGGGCUAUUACAAAAUUGUAUGUGCCCUGCUUUCACACGGAGCGUCCUAUGACAUCAAAAGUGAGAGCAAAGAAACUCCCUUGUCCUUUGCUGACAAUGGAGCUCAUCGCCACACCGUCAAGCUAUUGCAGUCUGUUACUGAUUUCUUUCAAGCAUUCAAGAAAGGUAAAACUGGACACUUGAAAGAAUUGCAGUCUUUGAAAGAAAAGAAGACUAUGGAAUUUGCAGCAAUUACCAACUGCCGCAAUGAAGAAGGAGACACCCUGGUGCAAGUAGCAAUUAAAAAUCAACAUAAGGAAAUAGCAACUGAAGUUGUCAGAUUGCUUAAGAAAAACUAAGACCAAUAUUUUCUCAAAGUUUUGAAUUGUUUUGUGUGACAUACCCUAAUUGUCAAUAUAAUAAAUAUUUUUGUGUGUUAAUACAGAUGUUUUCAGAAGUGAUUCAAGGUGAAUACUUCCAGUACUGUAUCGGUGUUAACAUUAGAAAGUCAGGGACUAAUUGAAGUUAUAUGGCUGUAUAAAGUGUUUAACAUAUCGUAAUGUUUAUUGAUUUUUUCAUGUGUGUAACAUCAGGACAGAGACAUAACUAGUAAAUGGCAAAUUAAAUGGGUACUUGCUACAACAACUUGGAACAUCAUUUUUAUAUUUCUUGUUAUUUUUUUGUUUUUCAAUGGUAAUAUAUGACUUCAGUACAUCAGGAUUAAAUUUUCUACUGAAUACUCUCCCUUACAUUUUGGAUGCUUAUCAUAUUUCCUAAGCAUUGCUUAUACAUUGGCAUAUUAUUAUGGGUCACAAAUUCUUGCAGCAGCUUUUUGCUAAAGUAAAAAGAUUUGUGAAAGUUUCUAUAAACUCCUGUUGACAUCUACCAACUGAAUACAGAAUAUCAGUACACUUUGCUGCCUCAGCAAGUGAAAGCUACUUUCUCAAAGCAAUAUGAUGAGCCACAAUUACCACCUACAGCUUGUUGACAGUUAGGGCAUUUACGUUAAACUGUGGAUGUAAUAACAUUCCAAACACACACAUUUCCUUCUCAGAAUUGAGGUAUGAAGAAAAUAUAUUUCAGUAGGUUUUGUACUACCGUAAGAGCUGCAGUAAGGGCAGUGAGAUCAUAGCUAUGGAAGAUAAUUAUGUUUACCUUUUUAUUGUUAUACCACAUCACUUUAUUUGCUACUUUUUUUUCAAAGUAGGUCUUGUUUGACCAAAAUUGUUAACUUAAACAUGUCCUUUCCUAAUUCCAUCUGGUAGAACAUUGAAGAUAAUAAGUUCCUGUAAUAUUAUUCUGGUAUUUUUGAAAUUGGUUCAAUUUUUAGUCACUGCAAUAUGUGUUAUGUAAUAUUAUUCAAUUCAUUGGUAGGUUUCCCAUUUACAGAGUUGAUAUAAUUCAAACUGUUAUUAUGACAUUUAAUUCAUAAUUAGUUUUUGAUACUGCUGGCUGUAUUUUUAUAUUUAUAUCCACAGAUAUUUAGCUAAAUAUUUCCUUUGUAAUUUCUCUACAGGCAAUCAUUUAAAAAGUUGUACCCAGAGGUAUACAGGAUCUAUUUUCAAGUGUGAACAUGUACAACUGAGUUUGCUUGUGUUUUACAGGUCAACUGAUAUUGUGCCCAUAAAGUAAAAUUAAUUGGCAUUUUUAAUAGUAUGUUCUCAUGUCUUCUACAUCAUUAGAGCGUAAACUAUUUUUGUAUUGGUUGUUUGGUGGUAAAAUUAAUUAGCAUUUUUAAUAGUACGUUCUCUUGUCUUCUACAUCAUUAGGGUGUACAUUACUUUUUUUUGUACUGGUUGUUUGGCACUGAUUUUUUCACAUGGUGUUUAUGUUUUCAAAACUACAUCAUAGGUGUGUUUGUUGCAGUAUUUGUUAUUUUUGCCCAUAUUUUGUAAAACCUUGCUUUUAUAUUGCAUAUCAGGAAAAAUUUGUAUGUUUUAUAGAGUUUUGUCCAUAGUUCACAGUGACUCAGGUCUGGUAAUAUUUUGUAUUUACUGUUCAGUUACUGUUGAUAUUUAUAACUACAUGUAAAAAGAACACUACAGUGUGUAAAGAUGUAAGAAAAUCUGAUUCAUGGAUUAUUUCA